UUGCGAGCAUCGCCUCAUGAGCUUUCUUAUACUCCGCCAAGACCUCAUCACCUCUAGAACCCGACAUCACGCCUGAAACACAGAACCAACCUGGCUUGAAUUCGUAGAAGGAAAACAGGAGAAACUAAGAUAGAAAAGCUUACCUCUAAUGCUACACCGAUCUAGCGCUUCAUCGCUUACAAGGAAAGAGACUUCGCGGCGUUCAAGGGGAAGCUCCAACAGCUGCUCGACCGUAUCCCUUCCUGAAGGAUAAUCCGAGCGAGAUAUGACUGCAUAAGAAAACAAAAGACAUCAGCAUCAGACAGUUAAAGAAAGUCGUGGCAGUUUCUAUGACCCACCAGUUGCACACCAAGUGGGAGGGAAUCCAGGAAAAGGCAUAAAAGCAAACAUCAGAGUUCCAACACCGUCAUCUCCAGAAGAUAAGAGAAACCACUACUAGACUCCAGUCAAACACGAAGGAACCGAUCCUCACCUGGGUUCAGAAUGAGUUCCGGCUUGAGUGGAACCCAGGAUAGCAAGAUCAAUGGAACGGGGUCCUGCCUAAGGGGAGCCUGCUGAGAAUGAGCAACCCCGGUUGACUUGAGUGCACAGGUUAUUCCCCGACUUCGAUGACAAAAUCGAGAAAUAAGAGGCAAACUGUUGGGGAAAAAUAUCCCGGUAUCAUUUCCUCCAGCCACUAGCAGGACCCAGAUCCCGCUAGAAGGAACCCUGAGUUCGGUCCCUGGAACCGAGCUCCCUUCCAAGAAAUGGAAAACUUCCGAUAAGAAGAACCUUCCAUAUUUCUGAAUAUAGAAGAGUUUAAACUAAUGGAACCGACUCCUAGACGACUAUAUAAGAGCUACUAAAGCCCUAAAGCAAGAGAUCGACUUCGCCAAGGCUUAGAGACUAGAAUUAGAGAGCUAGAACUAGGGUUUAUCGAAUCUUCUUUGUAACCGCCCUUGUUCUUGUUUUGCCUGAUCAAUAAUACGUCUCUUCAAGCCUGUCUCUUUAUCAUUCUCUUUAAAUCCUCACGAAAUACACACAAAUUCACCCGGUUUACCAGCCUAUCCAUCGUUCCUUAGUACUCACAAAGAGCCUACACAAAAAUCCCCAAACAAAGAAUAUGAGUUUGCUUCAAGAACUGGCGCAGAGUCGAGAGCCGAUUGUGGCUCAGGAGGAUCGUCAGAAGCAGAGCAAGUUAGUUGAAGAACUUGUUGAUGUAAAAGAGACGAAUAAGUCACUACAAGAAAAAGAGGUUUUUAUAGCGGAGUAGGAUAGCGUUUUUUUCGUUUCUGCUAUGGUUAAUAUGUAAGUGGGUUUUAUAUAGCGGUUAUAAAAUUGUAAACGCUAUCUUUAGUUGGGCCGAAUUUUAAUAGUCAUUUUACAUAGCACUUUAGUGCGGAAGCGCUAUGAAUAAGUUAGGCGGACAAAAUUUUCAUUUGCCCGGGCUUACCAAUUUCACUUAAUUCAUUUUUUUUUCGGUUCUUCCCUCUCUCUAUCUCCCCUGAGUUCUCAUCUCCCCUCUAUCUCUUCGUCUCAAUUAUUUUCCCGAUUGGUCUGACUCUAAAAAAUUAAUCUCUUCUAAUAACACAUUAAUCUCCUAUUUCUAUCUCGUCGUAAUGGUUUUCCAGAAUCUCUAAAACCCAACAACUGUUCUUCGAUUCUGAAUCGUAGGUACAAUCUCGUCUAAUAUUUGUAUUUUUUUUUUGUUUCUGAUAAACCAAUCGUUUAUUCCUAUUUAACUGGUGGCUGAUUUAGGGUUGCAUGUCCAAUUGAUUCGGUCUUUUACUCUUUUGCAGGGAGCUUUAGAUUCAGAUCUUCCAAGAAAGGUAUCUGUCGUGUAUUUUUCUAGGUUUGGCUUUAGCUUUUGAUUUUGUUUCAAUUGAAUUAUAUCAUUUCUUUUAUUUUCCAGGUCGUUUAAAUCAAAAUAGAAGACAUUUUUAUCAGUGUUUUUAUAUACAUUUGGUCGGAGCUGUUGUGCGAUGGAUAAAGCUUGGGUCUGGUUACCAAGGUAUAAAUGUUACUGUGUUUUGCUUAUCUUUUUUUUUAUUUCAUUUACGAAAUUGUGCUUCUUAAUUAAUUUUCAUUUGUGUGCAUCUGACAGGAAUAGUCUCGAGUAUGAGCAAGGUGCAACUGAGUUUGUUUUUUCGUCAUCAAGACAAUUGGGUGAUCUAGUUGAAAUGUUCUGCCCUUGCGUUGAUUGCCGCAAUGUCUGCCAUCAAUCAAGAGAGACAGUUUUUGAGCAUCUCGUCAUCAGAGGGAUGGAUCAGAAGUACAAGAGAUGUAAAUAUUGGAGUAAGCACGGGGAUAUAAGGCCAGAUAAGACAGCUGAUGUUCAGACGUCUGAAAAUGAGGCUUAUGAGUUGAUGAGGACAGCUUUUAUAGCGAGCGAUGGCAAGACACCAUUUGAGAAGCAGAAUUCAGAGGAUUUUGAUGGUAUUGAGAGGCCAGAAGAGGACGAGUUUAGGAAGAAGUUAGAUGAUGCCGAGACUCCACUGUACCCGACAUGUCAGAAAUACACCAAGGUUGCUGCUAUCAUGGGUCUUUACCGUAUAAAAGUCAAGAGUGGGAUGUCAGAGAGCUAUUUCGACCAGCUAAUGACAUUAGUUCAUGACAUGCUACCUCCAGAUAAUGUUCUGCCUAAGUCUACGGCUGAGAUGAAGAAGUUCUUAAAGGUGUUUGGUUUUGGUUAUGAUGUCAUCCACGCCUGCAAAAAUGAUUGUAUCCUUUAUAGGAAACAGUAUGCGGAGUUAGUUUGCUGUCCAAGAUGUAGUGAAUCAAGAUGGGAAAGAGAUAAGCACACUGGUGAGGAGAAGAAAGGAGUUCCAUGUAAGGUGCUUAGGUAUUUUCCCAUAAAAGAGAGAUUCAAGAGGAUGUUUAGAUCGAAACGGUUGGCUGAGGAUUUGUGUUGGCACUUCAACAAUGCAACUGAAGAUGGAUCUAUGCGGCAUCCUGUGGAUUCUUUGACUUGGGUUCAGGCAAACGAUAAGUGGCCGGAAUUUGCUGCUGAAGCAAGAAACCUGAGACUAGGUCUUUCUACUGACGGGAUGAAUCCAUUCUCGAUCCAAAACACCAAGUACAGCACGUGGCCGGUUCUCCUUGUUAACUACAAUAUGGCGCCAACUCAGUGCAUGAAAGCGGAGAACAUUAUGUUGACGAUGUUGAUACCUGGACCAACAGCACCUAGCAACAACAUUGACGUGUAUCUACAGCCCCUGAUAGAGGACCUCAAGGACUUGUGGACCGAAGGUAUUGAAGUUUAUGAUGCCUUUAAGAAGGAGAGUUUUAAUUUAAGAGCUAUGCUGCUGUGGAGUAUCACAGACUACCCAGCUUUAGGGACAUUAGCUGGAUGCAAAGUUAAGGGGAAGCAAGCGUGUAUUGUAUGUGGGAAGGAGACACCGCAUAGAUGGCUUAAGUUUAGUAGGAAACAUGUAUAUAUGGGCAACAGGAAGCGACUGAUGCCUGGUCAUCCCUACAGACGUAGAAAGGGUUGGUUUGACAACACAGUGGAGUCUGGUGUUUCAAAGAGGAUUCAGAGUGGGAAAGAAAUAUUUGACAGCCUUAGAGGAUUUAGAAAUGAUUUUGGAAGACCAUUAGCUAAAAAGGGGAAGCGUAAAAGGGCUGAAGCAGAAGAUGACGAUGAUGAAGCUGCAACAGCUGAAGAAAUCGAAGAAGAUGAUGAUUUAUGGAGGUGGAAAAAAAAGUCUAUCUUCUUUGACUUACCAUAUUGGAAGGAAAUGCCUGUCAGGCAUAACAUAGAUGUUAUGCACGUCGAGAAGAACGUCUCAGACGCACUACUAUCUAUUAUUAUGAAUAAUGCAAAAUCAAAGGAUGGGUUGAAAGCAAGAAAAGAUUUAGAAGACAUGGGAAUCAGGAGCAACUUACAUCCAGAGAAGCGUGGGAAGAGAACUUAUUUGCCUCCAGCUGCAUUCUGGCUUUCCAAGGAAGAGAAAAAAAAAUUCUGUAGACGGCUAUCCAAGUUUAGAGGCCCCGAUGGAUAUUGUGCAAAUAUAUCCAAUUGUGUCUCGUUGGAUCCUCCCAAUAUCGGCAGCAUGAAGUCACAUGACCAUCACGUUCUUUUGCAGAACCUUUUUCCUGUGGCAUUGAGAGGUUUAUUGCCUAAAGGACCUCGGAUAGCUGUCAAUCGUAUCUGCAACUACUUCAACAGACUUUGCCAACGAGUUAUUGAUCCAGAGAAGCUACUGACUCUAGAAUCUGAGAUUGUAGAAACAAUGUGCCAGUUGGAGAGAUUUUUUCCACCAUCACUCUUCGACAUUAUGUUUCACCUUCCUCUCCAUCUAGCUAAAGAAGCACGCUUGGGUGGCCCUGUGCACUUCAGAUGGAUGUAUCCGUUCGAGAGAUAUAUGAAGACUCUAAAAGCUUAUGUCAAGAAUUUUGCACGACCCGAAGCUUGUAUGGCUGAGGGAUAUUUGUCUAGUGAAUGCAUUGCGUUUUGUAUGGAGUUCCUUCGAAAAUCUGUUCCAGUCCAAGAAGCAAUUAAUAGAAAUGAAGAUAUUGAGGCAAUUCAGAAUGUCCUUGAAGGAAGACCAUUACAGAAAGCUACAGAAGUAACCCUCACAGAAACAACAAAAGACGCUUUAUGGGAAGAGAUUCAGGGGAGGUUCAACUUGACAGAGGAAUGGCAAAAAGAUGCAGUCUUUAAGCAGAUGGGUUGCUUGUGGAGGGCCUCGAAAUCUAGGCUGACUUCUAUAGUCCGUUCUAUUAAAAACAAGGCUCAGAUACAGAAAAUGAAGCCUAGCAACAUCCAAUCUUCUUCUGCUUGGAACAGUUGGGUGAAAGCUAGGUGCACCAAAGAUUUUAAGGUACAAAGUGAUAAAUACAGGAGACUUAGGAAGAUUCAAAUUCCGCACACAACAAGCCGAAAAGGCAUGAGUCGCCUAGCUCAUGAGAUGAAAAGAAACAGCGAUGAUCCUAAGAAAGUUACUAGAACUAAGGUUUGGGUAGCAGGACAUACGUAUUCAGAUGGGAGACCCGUGAAUGAAGCACACGCUGAAACUAUUGAAAAGAUUAAGACAAUUGACAGUGAAAUAGAUUCUAACUCCUCGGAUAACAUUGGUGAAGAUGCUGUGAGUCAAGUUCUCGGAAAAGAGAGACCAGGAAGAGUUAGGGGGAUGGGCAGAGGAGCCACUAUUACGAAGAUGGCUUACUUACAAGCUAGAGACAAACAUGUCCAGAAGCUUGAAGCUACUCAAGCGGAAUUAAUUACCAAGCUUGAAAAGUUGCAAAAUGUUGUUAUUGACUUAGCUGGCAAAAAGACACAUAAAGAUGAUGUUUCUAGUUCUGAAAGAAGCGAUGGUAGCAAGAGAGGAAUAAGGUGCCAGAUACUGGAUUGGAUUUCGACUGAUGAUGUGGUUGUAGGUGAAGGAGAAUACUACUCAAGUGAACCCACAUAUAAGAUUGGUCGAAUUCCUCUGGGUCCUAAUGCGGCCGCUGUAAUUGUCAACUCUGUAGCAGUCGAAGAUGCAUGUGUCUGGAGACCAACUACAAGUAUUGGAACACUUGCUGAAGCUGUAGGAGUUAAAAUUGCAUGGCCAUCCGACAAGUUAAUAUUGGACGAUGUUAUUGACUUCUCAAAACAUGCUAACACUGUCGGGUCAGAGACUAUGGAUGCAUCAGUAGGAAGGGUACAAAUAUUUGAUUAUUGGAAUGUAGAAGAUGAGUUGAUUGCUGAGGGUGUACUGGUGUCAACUGAACCUAACCAAUUGGUGAACGAUAUUCCGCUUGGACCGAAUGCUGCAGUUAUAAAAGUUGAAGUAGUUGUUAAAGAUUCUGCUUUCUUAUGGAGACCAGCGCCUGGAAUGUCAAACAUGGGUGAUGCACUACAUCAGAUCAUUGCUUGGCCAAUUGAUAGGGCACGACUAUCUGAUACAACUGCUGAAUCAACCAAGAAACCUAACGUGAGUACUAGUAACAGCACUGGUAGUAGCAACAAAGUUGGUAGACAGAAGUGUGCUCUCUUGGACUGUCAUAACUCUGGACAGACAGUAGCUUGGGGUCGUGUGUUUUCAACAGAUCCAGCAGACAAGGUUCAUUUCAUCCCUUUAGGUCCCAAUGCUUCUAAGGUCAUGGUAGAGGUUUCCAAGAUGGAUGAUGCACGAGUGUGGAGACCAAACUCUGAAAUUGAAGUCAUAGGUGAUGCAGUAGGGAGCACAGUGGCGUGGCCUACUGAUAAGGUUGUUUUCAUAUGAGUGAUGAGUUGUGAAAUUGAGAACUUUCAAUUGUCUUAGUACUUUGUCAUGUAAUGUUGAACUUAAAAAUGAGUGUAUCUUUAUUAUAAUAAAAUUUCUAUUUCUAAAUCUGAAAUUUAUGUUUCUAAAAAUAGUUAAAAAUAUUUGUAUAUAUAUAAAAUAUAUAUAAUUAUAAAUAACGAAACGAAGCUAAUUUAAAAGAGUAUAGAAACAGUAGCACUUAUAUAACUGCUAUGGUAAUAUUAACUAUGGCUUUUUAAAACCGCUAUUAAAUAAUAUUUGAUCGCGUUAAUAAAGCGCUAUUAUAUAAUAUAUAAUAGCAUUAAUAACCCGCUAUUGUAUAUCGGAAUACGAUAGCAGCGCGAAAAAGCGCUAUCUAAAGUCUUCGACCUAUUAUAACGGGCGAUGACAUAGCGCUUGCAAUAUCGCUAUGGUAUCUAUAGAUAGCGGUUUUCAGCCGCUAAGAAAACCCUUUUUUCUUGUAGUGAGUCUCUGGUUCAGGAGGUUAGCAAACUUAGGAUAGUUGCUACAGGUGAAAAGGAGAGAGCAAGGAUGCUGGAACGUGAUUUGGCUAAGAAUCACAAGCAGAUCAGGAUGCUCAAUGGUGGAUCCAAGAGAGUGGAUCAUAUACUCUUGAUGGUACAACCAGCCAAGGUGAAUUGGGGUGUGGGAUAUCGAAGAGCUAAAGAUAUUGGCGAAGUACAUCAGAAGGGACUGUCACAUUUCGUGCGGAGAAGCGCAUCAAAAAGUAAGGGCAAGGAAGUCCGUCAGGACGUACAACAAGAAGUUCGACACAAAGUACUACAACGUGGAGCUGUGAGUAAUAAGCCAAAGGCGGUACAUCAAUGCAACAACAUCAAGGUUAGACAGGUGGCUCUGAAGGAUGGUUGUGCUUGUAGUACACAAAAGAAGACUGACAUGUGUAUCAGGAACUGUGUCAGGCGGAACAAGAAAAAACAUAAGGUGUGUUGUUAGUUUUGUGGGAAGGUCAGACACAAGAAAGUAGACUGUUUAGCUCGUGAGAAAAGAAGAAACAGUGCCCAGAAGAUGAACAAGACGUUCAUUAAGCCCAUGAAAGUUGAAAAGGUGUGUAUAGCUAAGUGUGGCUUAUUUGAUGAGAUCAAGGAAAAUAUACCAAAAGGAGGAUGCAGCACUGUCAGUGUUGAUCUUGACGUAGAUCAAGGAGCAUCAGACUUGGAACCAGGACAAGGAGUUGUUCGUGGUGCAAAGGGUAAAGAGAUCAAAGUGCAUCAGAAAGUGAUGCAAGGUGAUUUUCUGGAGAGUGAUGCGGGAAUGACGACACAUGGUUUGAGCCAGUGAGGAGGGGGUUGAAGGAUAUGUUGGUCGAGAUUCGAAAAUAGCAGGGUGUCGAUGAGGAAUUGACAAGACUCUCGAAGCUGAUUAUUAUAGAGGAAAGGUAAAAAUCCCUUGGAGUUCUUAUUGUCGUUCUGAGUCAGAGGCUGACGUAGCCGGCGAUAGAGAGACAAUAGCUGAAUAGCUUAGGAAUAUUUCAGUAGCGAUUGUUAGUGUGUUAACAAGUCGUAUAAAACUGAUUAAGUAAGUCUUGUAAAAAUUGUUUAUAGUGAUUUCUAAUAUAGCAAAAGGUGUUUGCUGAAUAUCCAUUUUCUUUUGAUUUAUCUUCAGCCAUAAUAUAUUGUGUUGCAUCUUGCACUUACACGCAGGACCCGCCCCGUUAAACUCGUCGCGGGAAGAAUGCAGAUCGUAUAAUUUGAAAAUUUUGAAUUGUGGAUGUGGACAUGGGUUGAAUCUAUUUAAUACGGGUCGGUCGGAAUUGACUCGUGCAUACCCGCCAACCCGUAAUUUUUUUUUAAAAUAUUGUUUGUCUAAAAGAUUCAUUUAAAAGUUUUUUCUCUAAAAAGAUUUUUUCUUAAAAAUUAUUUUAUUUAAAAAUAAAUAAAAAUUACGAAUAUGUACAAAAAAUGAAUUAUAGAUAUAAAAUUUAUAUAACUUUUAUUUUUUAAAAUAUAUAAAAAUUAUCUUUAUUAUUAUUAAUAUUAUCCGCGGAUCCCGCAGAUCACUCAAAAAUUAAGCGAGGCGGGUGUAGGUCUAGUAUUUUUCUUAGUGGAUCAAAUUUUUGAUUCAAAAAAUUACUCAACUCGCGGGUUGCAGGUCAAGCGGGGCAGGUUUGACCCGCAACCCACUUUUUGCACAUCCCUAAAGCCGACAUUGUAGUAAACCUAAAAACUCAUGAUUUCACUAAGAAUCUGGUUAAGUUGAAGUUGAUCUUAUCAAAAAACUUCCACUAGUGGUUGAAAUAUUUAUUUAUUUUAAUUAUAAAAAGAUAUCAUGGCCCCACAAAAAUGGUCUAGACUAGUCGUGUUACCAUAUAUCGGUCCUUUAUUUCUGACGAUGUCGAAAUAUUAAUUUUCUAAUGGCCGGAAUUUGAAUCUUGGUGGCUUCACUAUAUUAGGCUUUUACCUUCAAAUUAAUCACCACCAGACCACAAAUUCUGGUUGUGGUUGAAAUAUUUCGUCAAAGUGGAGAAUUUGUUUUUGUUUUAUUUAUUAAUUUUGAAGUAUCUAGAACAUAUAGCCUAGACUAAUUUUCAAAAAGAGGUACAGUUAUGGAUAAACCUUCUCUAAGUGGAGAUUUGUUGAAGUCUUAUUGGUUGACUAUCCUAGCUCCCUUCAUCGUGCUUGCAUAGCAAAGAGUUAGACCACAUCGCCAAAAUAUGUGUGCAGCUUCCCUCCUCACGAAGCUGCAAAGACAAAAUGUCGAUAAGGGAAAAACUAAACCACUUCUUGGUCACUAAAUUGCACGAAAGAACAGAAAUUUAACUCCAACAGUUUUGCAGUUAAUUAGAAUAGCCAGCCCACACAAGAUUGAAUUGAUUGCCAAAAAAAAUAAUAUAUAUUCUAUUAAAGGAGAAUCAUUCUGAAAAAAUCUAGUUAUACAAGAUUACUCCACCCUUUCAUUUAAGUAGCAAUUAUUUGGUCUUACCAUCUAUUAGCCCAAUAACAAAAUAUAACCGUAUGUUUAGCUAACUAUAUUUAUUACGCCUUAUCUAAACCAGUAAUAUAACAACUUUAUAUUUGACAGACCAAAACAUGUUCUACACGAUAAUAUAGAACACAAUACAUGUUAUACAGAAGAUACUAUACACUAUAUAGUUUAUUCAUUGAGUCUUGCUCAUGUUCAUGACAGUUAUAUGUAGAAUAUUAAUCAUAUCACAUGUAUUCCUCUCUUAGACCCAAACGCCAAAUGUCAAUACUCUCAUUCAAUUGAAAGAUCAGAUCAUACCCUAACCUCGAUGAAACAACACAUUCAUUCUCAAUCUGCCGAAAUGAUUCAGAGCAUAACCUUACAUAUACUGUUUCAUUUUGAAUAAAACUUAUCUGGUAAAAUACUGUAUCAUUUUGAAUAAAUCUAAUAUGGCAAAAUAUUAGUGCUUAAAUCGUUAUAUACCAAGUCUCUUCUUUGAGAGGGUUCUUAGUUCGUUCUUUAUUAAUUCAUUCUUGUCUAUCAAAGUUAAAUUCUGUUUUUAAGAAAUCGGAUCAAGUUUAUAAUAACCAUGUUAUCAUAACUAUAUAUUGUUAUAAUAUUUUCAAAUUUAGUAUUAACGACCAUAAGUUAUUAAUUUGCUAGCAUAAAUUUCUCUAACCUACUUUAACUGAAUAGAUUUUCGAAACAAUCUGUUCGAUACAAUUUUAAAUACAUAAAACCGGAAUCUUAGAAUACUUGAUCUACAAGUUUCGUAUUAACUACAAUACAUGAUAAUUUUCCGUGCAAAAAAAUUAUGUUACGUACUUUAACUGGAUAAA